UAUUAUGGGUAGCGAAAAAUCCUUGAGUGAGCCGCGUCUAUUAACCGAUGAAGAAAAUAGAAAACUCGAGCAUCAAAAGAUUACUUUGUCAGAGCUAAAAAUAUCUUUACUACAGAAAGAAGCGGCAAAGAAUUGGGACAAAUUUUACAAAAAUAAUACAACCAAAUUUUUCAAAGACAGACACUGGCUGCUUAGAGAAUUUCAGCCCCUGCAAAUAUUAUUAGCAUCGAGCGAGCAUACAAUUUAUUUCUUAGAAGUUGGAUGUGGAGUUGGGAACGCUUUUUUUCCUCUUAUGGAAGCAGCCGGGAGUUCAGUUUUUGGGUUAGCUUGUGAUUUUUCAUCACGAGCGGUAGAUUUCGUUCGCCAAAAUGAACAAUUCAAUACAAAUCGAAUGUUUGCUUUCACGUGUGAUAUUGUUCAAGAAAGUAUCAUCGAUAAACUAAGGGUGAUUACUUCCGGGAUAGACAUAAUGACAGUAUUAUUUGUGCUAUCAGCACUUGACCCCAAUGAGAUGCAAAGAGCGCUCAAAAAUUUAGCGGAUGUUAUGAAGUGUGGUGGAAAAGUUUGUGUGCGAGAUUACGCCGUCAACGAUUACGCAAUGAUCAGAUUUGGAACACGUAACCAUAAAAUAUCAGAUCGUUUUUAUGUCCGGCAAGAUAAUACAAAAGCAUAUUUUUUCUUCAUGGAAGAGUUAGAAGCACUGUUUAGGGAUGCAGGUUUCAAAACAGAAAGCUUAUGCUACAAAGAAGCAAAAACUGAAAAUCGCGAGAAACAACUCAGCGUCGACCGAUAUUUUGUUCAAGCAGUAUUCGAAAAACUGUGAAUUGGUUUUCACUGUACUUCCAAGUACUUUUUUGGAUGCAAAUGAGAGGUAUUUUCGUGGAUAUUGGAAGAUGGUCCUUCAAUCAGUAGUCAAUAAUGGUCGUAGCUUUGUCUUAUUUACGGAAGUUGUAGAUCGGUGUCCUGUUUUUAACUCCAUUUUUUAUCAGAAACAGCUAAAGUAACGUCAAGCUUUGCUUUCAAUUAUAUUUUAGAACGACGAGUAUUAGUAGAAGUUGGAGUAUAGACUUCAAGGUAACACCAAGAACAAAAUUUUAA